AUGGCUGCUGAAUUUCUUGCAGUGGCAAGAAUUCUGCAAGCAGAAUCGUGUUUCUGGAAGAUGAUUGCCUGUGGAAUUUACCAAAGCUGUGCUGACAGAUUAUGGGAAAUCUUACUAAAACGAAAGGUUUCUCUCUCUCUCCUUUUGCUUCAUUUGUUUCUGGCUCCCUCUGGCAGAGCUCAGGAUGGCUUCUUAGGACGAUACAGAGCUGUGUUUAAUACUUCGUGUAAUGACGUCUGGACUUUGUCACCUGGAAUUUCUGUGCCUGCACUUAGAAACUUUACAGUCUGCAUUUAUCUUAAACUGUACUAUCCACAAAAUUCUUGGACAGCAUUUGUCUACAAUAAAGAACUUGAUACCAAUCUGUCGACAUCAGACCAAUAUGAACUUGGACUUAAAGGAGGACGUGACACAUUGACAGUUUGGAUCUUUGGCAAAGAAAUAACCUGGACAGAAAAACUGGAUGAGAACACCUGGCACCAAGUAUGCAUGAGUUGGAAAAGUGAACAGCAGGAAGUGAGUGUAUAUAUAAAUAACGAAGAAAAAAAAUCUGAAAAAAUACCUAAAACUGGACCACUUCUUGCAAAUGGGCAACUUUUACUUGGAUGCUCACAGGAUCCUGGCACGUCUUCAUCAUCUCCAGAUGGGAUGGUUGGUGAACUGUACAUGUUCAGAAUGUGGGCUAAUGGAGACAUAAAUCAGACUCAAAAUUGCCAAGAUGGCACCAUUAUACGCUGGAGGAGGGAUAACUGGGUCUAUAAUAAGACAGCACGACCCAACAAAUCUUUGCCGUGUGCCAAUGCUGCAAAUGUCUCAUCAAAAUUUGGAAAAGCUCAAGUAAGCACACCAGAUUCAUCUUCCAUUGAAGAAAUGAAUUCUUUAGGAACUGUUUUACACAAUAACAUGUGUAACUUAUCAGUCCUCUGUAAAGACACAGUUAUCUACAUGGGCACGGUGAAAUUUCAGUCCGAUGAAAACAGCUCAGAUACUUCAUACAACCUAACAUUAAAAUUUUCUAGCAACAGUGAUCAUUACCAACUAAAAGCUGCUUCAACUCCACAGCUAGAACUAAAAAUUUCAGAUUUCAAUAAAACCCUUCAGAGGUUAACUGAGUUCUCUUUCAUGCAAUGCGGUGCAGGAAAUCAAAGCACAUCAGACUGCAAUUUCACAAUAAAGCUGCCGAAAAUAAUGAAUAUAAGCAACAUAUUGUCAAAUUUUAAAGAAAAAGCAGAAAUUGCCCCAUUUGAGUCGUGCUGUUGUCCAACUUUGCAUUCUUACUCUUGUCCCUCUACUGUUGAUGAGCUGCGACUUCUGCAAUGCAGUAUGCCUGAACCAACUGCCUGCUUUGGCUCUCGUACACCUAUGCCAGCAAUUUCACCUGUUACGUCUUCCCCUGUUGUAACUCAGCAUGAUGCUCCUUUCUCUGAAACGACCACUGCUUCUCCUUCUCGUUUGACUGAACUGGCAACAACAGAUUUGGCUAAUGAAUUUUAUAAUUGGCCUAUUUCACCUGCUCCUUCCAAUCCUACACCUGCAAAUCCUCCUUCUGUUUCUUUCAAAACAACUAAUCCAGUCUUUCCAACAAAGUCAACUAUCAAUACUACCCAUACAGAUCUUCCUUCUACCUCUUUCGAAACAACGAAUCCAGUCUUUCCAACAUCGUCUAUGAAUACUACCCAUACAGAUCUUCCUUCUACCUCUUUCGAAACAACGAAUCCAGUCUUUCCAACACCAUCUAUCAAUACUACCCAUACAGAUCUUCCUUCUACCUCUUUCGAAACAAUGAAUCCAGUCUUUCCAACAUCGUCUAUCAAUACUACCCAUACAGAUCUUCCUUCCACCUCUUUCGAAACAACGAAUCCAGUCUUUCCAACACCAUCUAUCAAUACUACCCAUACAGAUCUUCCUUCUACCUCUUUCGAAACAACAAAUCCAGUCUUUUCAACAUCGUCUUCCAAUACUAACCAUACAGAUCUUCCUUCUACCUCUUUCAAAACAACAAAUCCAGUCUUUACAACCAUACCAUCUACCAGACCUACUUCUUCUUCUCUGACAAUGUUUUCCACCACACCUGCCACUGCAGUACUUCACACUACAUCUUCUGACAAUCCUACAACAGCCCCAGACAUAUUGCCCACCUCAUCUGCCAUUUACAGUUCUUCAGAUAAGCAUUCCACCACGGAUGAGACCGGAACUCCAAGUAGCACCAGCACAGAACCACCACACCAUAGUCAUACUGCUAUCAUCAGUACUCAUGCCCAAAAUGUUGAUAACAUAGUUUCUCAGCUAGAGGGCAACUUGACUUCAGAAACAAUAACCCCAGCCCUUGGCAGGUCAAUGCUGGACACCGUUAGUGAGCUCCUAAACAUGCCCCAUUCACAAAUAUCUAAAAGCUCUAAAAGAAUAAUUAAAAUAGUGGAUGCAAUUGGCUUAAAAUUGAACUUCUCAACAAAAUCCAUUAACCUGACUUCCCCUGCUUUGGCUCUAGCUGCCUUGAAAGUCAAUAGCAGUUCCUUUAGCAGUGUUUCUUUUGCUGUUAAAGAUUCCUCAGACCUUCAGGUUUUUCUUGGAACUCAAGCUCCUACAAAUAGCGUUGGAGCCAUUACACUUCCAUCAUCAAUAAUGACAAAUUUGUCAUCUGAAGAUAAGCGUCAGGCUUCAAGAAUUAUAUUUAACUUUUUUGAGAAGACAAGUCUCUUCCAAGAUCCCUCACUUAAUGCAACUCUGAUCAGCCAUGUUAUAUCAUCGAGUGUUGCAAACCUCACAAUUAGCAACUUGAAGACAAAUGUUACUGUCACACUACAAAAUGUCAAGACUAAACAGAAGCAGGAGAAUUUGACUGUCAGAUGUGCCUUUUGGGACUUCAGUAAAAAUGGUGGCCAAGGAGGCUGGUCUUUUGAAGGUUGUGAAGUUAAAGAAAGACGAAAAAAUGAAACAGUCUGUAGCUGCAAUCACCUCACAAGUUUUGCAGUUUUACUGGAUUUAUCAAGAAACAUCGCUAUAUCCCCCAUCCAAGUGCUAAUUCUAACUUUCAUCACUUAUAUAGGUUGUGGCCUUUCAGCCAUUUUUCUUUCUGUUACCCUUGUUACAUAUAUUGCAUUUGAGAAAAUUCGGAGAGAUUAUCCUUCUAAAAUCCUGAUUCAGCUCUGUGUUGCAUUACUUCUGCUGAACCUAGUUUUCCUCCUGGAUUCCUGGAUUGCUCUGUAUAAGAUUGGAAGCUUGUGCAUUUCAGUUGCUGUAUUUCUUCAUUAUUUCCUUUUGGUUUCUUUCACUUGGAUGGGUCUUGAAGCCUUCCACAUGUAUCUUGCCCUUGUCAAAGUGUUCAAUACCUAUGUUAGGAAAUACAUCCUAAAAUUCUGCAUUGUUGGCUGGGGGGUACCAGCAGUAAUAGUAGCCAUUGUAUUGGCAAUAUCACCACACAACUAUGGAUCUGGAUCAUAUGGAAAGUUUCCCAAUGGCUCAUCUGAUGAAUUCUGCUGGAUUAACAAUAACAUCAUCUUUUACAUCACUGUUGUUGGAUACUUCUGCAUAAUAUUCUUAUUGAAUAUCAGCAUGUUUAUAGUAGUACUAAUUCAGCUUUGCAGAAUAAAAAAGAAAAAGCAACUUGGUACCCAGCGAAAAACCAGUAUUCAAGAUCUCAGGAGCGUUGCUGGCCUUACAUUCUUAUUGGGAAUUACUUGGGGAUUUGCCUUUUUUGCAUGGGGUCCCGUAAAUCUUAUAUUUAUGUAUCUUUUUGCGAUCUUUAACACCUUACAAGGAUUUUUCAUUUUUAUCUUCUACUGUGUAGCAAAGGAGAAUGUUCGCAAGCAGUGGAGAAGAUACCUGUGUUGUGGAAAAUACAGGCUGGCUGAAAAUUCUGAUUGGAGCAGAACUGCUACUAAUGGUUUAAAGAAGCAGAAUGUUAACCAAGGUGUAUCCAGUUCUUCCCAUUCUUUACAAUCAAACAGUAACUCUACUAAUUCCACAUCAAUGCUAAUGAAUAACGAUUAUUCAGUGCAUGCAAAUGGGAAUGGCAAUAUCUCUAGUGAGAAGAAUGGCGUUUCUUUCAAUGUGCAGAACGGUGAUGUGCGACUUCCUGACUUCUCAGCAAAACAGCUCAUAUUUCAAGAGAACAAUGACACAUGCCAUAAAAAAUCUUGCAUUUCACUGAGAAGGACUUCAAAGAAAGGGACCCUGCAGUUUAUUGAACCAAUGUGACAUUUUUUAAAAAAUUCCCAUGGUUUCAGAGUAACUCAUAAGUUUAUUUAAACUGUUUUACAUGUGAGAAGACCAAAAAAGGACUCUAUUUAAUAUACAAUAGGAAAGCCUAGAAGCAUUCUUGGAUUGACAGAUUGUGAAACAGUUUGUAUUUUUCUUUUAAUGUCAGCAAUAUUAAGAACUUUAGACAUAGCAUUAUGGCUGGAAAACAUAACCAGCUUAAUUAGUGCUGGUUAUGGAUUUUAAAACAAGAAGGAUUUUAAAAGAUCCAUUUGCAAGUUCAGCUUACAGUUAGGAAUAACUCAAAACAUUAUGUAGUAAUGUUCUAUUAAUAUAGAUAAUUGCAAGCUAAAAUUUGAAAAAAGAUGCUUAAAUUGUCUUUUAAAAUAAUAAUAGCUGAUGUCUGUACCUCCUUUUUAACAGAACGUAGCCACAGACAACUUAGUAUUGUAUAUAGGUAAAACAACAUCUACCCUUGAUUAUCCUAUAACUUUAUAUUUAUUUUUUGUAAAUUAAAUUUAAUAUUCCUUUGUAUAGAAAAAAAGUUGUGCAGAAUUUUGAAGCUUUAAUGUAAUUAUAAAUUUGUACAAAGUUAAUUAUUUCAGUUAACUUGGAAUACUUUAUAAGUAUUUACAUACGGAACAUAUAUUGUAUAUGAAAUAACUUUAAAAGGUCAAGUACAAUUUAGGAAGGCAUCAAAUUGUAAAUAGGAAUUCUGUGACUAUAGAAGCUAUGACUUCUUGCUGCUUAGUUAGGUUACUUGUCACAGAGCCAUGUAUGAAAGGGAGAAGAAAAAGAGCUAAAGGUUUAAGAUUGUUAGAGGUAAAUCUACUGCUAUUUCUCUCUAGAUUGGUGUUAUGUUA